AUGUUAUUGUUUUCAUGUUUUGUAUCUUCUUUAAAGGACUCUGAUCCACUCAUUACACAAGAAUUAGUUGAUGCAAUCAACAAUGAUCCAAAAGCACCAUAUGCUGCUAAACUUUAUCCUAAAUUCUCAAAAAUGACCAUUGGUGAAGCAAAACGCUUCUUAUCUCCUGUUAGACCACCUCCACAGAACCAUGGUUCCGCUGUUCCUGUUGGCGCAAAUGAAGAAUUCUUUAAUUGGGUUGAUACAAAUUAUAUAACAGGACUUACAAACAUUGCUGCAUUCCCAACUCAAAAUAAUGCCUCAAAUCAAGUUGCUUAUAAACCAACUGUUGAUACAAUGCAGUUCCCAGUAUUUGAUGUUACUCAAUUAUGCAGCUCAUGGGCUCCAGCUGUCACGGCCGCUAUGACAGUCUCUGUUUCUCGUUGGGCCUCCCAAUUUGUCAACUUCUCUUUACAAUAUGUUCUGGAUUGUGAUAUGCUCGGUGAUUCAUGCAUAGAAAGAACUCCUCUCAACGCAUAUCAGCUUUUCUGGACAUACAAUCCACCAGAUUAUAAUAGCUGGGAUACUCCAGGAUCUUCCACAUCUGAGAGAGCAACAUACAUGCAAGCUCCUCGUUCAGAUUUCAGAAGAGAAAACUGCCAAAACAAUAGAUGCUAUCCAGGUCUCACAGGAUGCAAGCACUAUUGGGCUCUCACAGGCAGCUGCAACCCAGGAGAUCCAGUGACAGGUUGCCCAAUCUAUUUCCUCUAUAACUGGAGAUGGAUCAAAUCUCAUCUUUGGGAAGUCGGAGCUGUAACAUCAUCUAUCACAGUGUACAGCUCUUUAUUCACAUAUGCUGGAGGUGUUUACUCCGGAUAUUGGCAAACAGAUGGAUCAGCAAUUCAAUCAACUUGGGGAAAAAUCCUUGGUAUGUUAGAUGUCACCAUCAUUGGUUGGGGACAGAAUGAAUUGAACCUUUCAACUGACGCAACGAAAUAUACCAAGAACUUAUAUAGAUACUGGUGGGUUAUUCCACAUUUUGGUUCUGAUUUCGGUAUUUCAUAUCCGGCUUGCAAUACAACCACAUGCAAAGAUAAUGCCACCCUUGUUACAUCUUCAACAGACCAAAUCAAGCUUGGCACUAUUAAUAUUACUGGUUUACACUCGGGUGCCCAAACAGGUGGAACAAACUAUAAAGGAUUCAUGAAAUUCAACAGACGUUUUGAUGAUUGCAAUAUUGAAUCACAUGCUGUUGGUGCUGUACCAUAUAACUUUGUUCCUCUUCCUUACAGAACACCUUCUCCAACAGAAAAUGAUACUUAA